AUGUCUGAACUGUAUAAUGAUCCAUUGCCAUCAAGUGAUGUCCCUACACCUGUCUUUAAUUCUGCAGAAGCGAAUGUUGAUACAUCUGGUAAGACUUCUGUUACUUUAGGUCUUAAUGUUGAAAAUCCUGCUGAAACCCUAGGUUUAAAGGAUCCUGUUGUGUCUGAAAAAUUGGGGAAAACUGCUCCUAAACCUCCUACUGCUGUUAAUACUGAUAUUGGUGCUUCCACUGAGACCAAUGAGGCUGUUGCUACUGAGUCUCUCAAGAAAACUACUCCUGAGACUCAUGUUGCGCCUAGUGUUGCAACACCUGGCGCUGUGCCAAAUGUUGUGCCAGAUGUUACCACAUCUUUGGCACAGGAAAAUAUUGAGGAUCAUUCUGAGUCUGAUGAGAGUCCUCAACCUAAGUCUGCUGAUAAAGAAACCGUUCCUAAUAAGGUUGUAGAUGAAAAUCCUGAGGUUGUAAUUGUUAAUGAAACAACUGUGAGUGAAAAGCUUGUCAAAGAAUUUUUGAUAAAUGUGGCUGACAACUGUAAUGAUCCUGCAAGUCCUGAAUACAGGCAGGUAUUUGUUCGUGGUAAAUGUGUUAAGUUCUCACCAACUAUAAUCAACCAAUAUUUGCAAAGGGAUUCUGAUGAAGUGACUCCUCUAAAAGUCACAGACAAUGAGGUCUGCAAGGUCCUCACUGGUGGAAGAAUCAAGGUUUGGCCAAGCAAGGCUAAUUUCUCUUUGCAUACUUUAUUUGAUUCUAAACUUGCUUUUGAUAACAUGGCUGAACAAAGAACACUAAGGCAGCUUGCUGCUCCUGAUGUCAAUUACAAUGGUCUAUGCAUCCAAUAUACUGACGUUGAUAUUCCUUUUGAAUUGAAAUCUGGUUUGAUACACUUGUUGCCCAAGUUUCAUGGUCUUGCAGGUGAGGAUCCGCAUAAGCAUUUGAAGGAAUUUCAAGUUGUUUGUUCUACACCAUUGAGGCCUGAAGGUAUAACAGAAGAUCACAUCAAGCUCAGAGCUUUUCCAUUCUCGCUCCAGGGUGCUGCCAAAGAUUGGCUGUACUAUCUUGAGCCGAAUUCUAUCACAACUUGGAAUGAUUUGAAGAAGGUCUUUCUAGAGAGAUACUUUCCCGCUUCUAGAGUUGCGUCAAUCAGAAAAGAAAUAUGCGGCAUUAGGCAGGGAAACGAAUCAUUGGCAGAAUACUGGGAAAGAUUCAAGCAGCUAGUUUCUAGUUGUCCUCAACACCAGAUCACCGAGCAAUUACUCAUCCAGUAUUUCUAUGAGGGGUUGCUACCAAUGGAUAGAAACAUUUUGGAUGCUGCUAGUGGUGGAGCACUUGUUGAUAAAACUCCAGCUGCUGCAAAGGCCUUGAUCGAGAACAUGUCACUCAACUCGCAACAGUUUACAACUAGAAAUAAUUCUGCAAGUGUGAAUGAGGUUCAGUCUUCCUCUCCUUCCAUCAAGGCGCUCGAAACCAAGUUUGAUGCUAGAAUUGAUGAACUUACUUCCUUGGUGAAACAGUUGGCAGUUAAUAGACCUCAAAUAGCUAAAGUGUGCGGCAUUUGUACUUCUACUGAACAUCCAACCGACACAUGUCCUAUUCUGCAGGAUGAAACAAUAACUGAGCUACCUCAAGCAUAUGCAGCAGCAGCAGCCCUUUACAAUCAGAACAGGUACAACAAUCCUGACCUCUCCACCAACCAGUAUCAUCCUAGUUGGAGGAAUCAUCAAAACCUCAGAUACGAUGUUAGCAUUCAGAACUUGACAACUCAGAUGGGGCACAUGACAACACAGAUGGGACAAAUGGCUAAUGCAAUAGGCCAAUUACAAGCUCAGGGCUCUGGUAACCUUCCUGCACAAACAGUGCCGAAUCCGAAUGUGAAUGUGAGUGCAAUUACUUUGCGAUCUGGAAGAGUGUCAGAACCAGCACCAGAGAAAAAGAAGAAGAAAACCGUUGCAUCAUCAUCUGCUCCUGAACCUCCUUCUGUUACAACUGAGACCGAACCCGAAAAAGAAAGAGUAUAUGUGCCACCAAUUCCUUUUCCUCAAAGGGUGCAGAAAAAUAUCAAGAAGACAGUUGAGGAAGACAAGGAGAUUUUAGAUGUAUUCAGAAAAUGUGCGGUUAACAUUCCUCUCCUUGAUGCAAUUAAACAGAUUCCUAAAUAUGCAAAAUUCCUGAAAGACUUGUGCACACACAAGAGGAAGUUGAAGGGAAAUGAGAGAGUCAGGUUGGGACGAAAUGUUUCUGCUUUCAUUCAGCCCAAAACUGGUUCCUCAGCUAAUGUCUCAGUUCUCAGUCAAACCAUGCCAGAAAAGUGUGAUGAUCCAGGAGUUUUUGCUAUUCCCUGUUCCAUUGGGGAUCACAAGUUUGAAAAUUGUAUGCUUGAUCUGGGAGCAGGUAUUAAUGUUAUGCCUAGUUCUAUUUAUAAUAACCUUGAUCUUGGUCCUUUGCAGCCUACAGGUUUAAUCGUACAAUUAGCAAACAGGAGCAAUGCCCGCCCUGCUGGGAAGGUAGAAGAUGUCCUGGUGCAAGUUAAUGACUUGAUUCUUCCUGCAGAUUUCUACAUUCUAGACAUGGAGGGAGAAACUAAUUCCAGCAGGGCACCCAUCAUUCUAGGCCGACCAUUCAUGAGAACGGCAAGAACAAAAGUUGAUGUUUAUGAUGGAACCAUGUCCAUGGAGUUUGGCGACAUUGUCGCUAAGUUUAACAUUUUUGAUGCCAUGAAACAUCCCGUGGAAGAACAUUCUAUUUUUUAUAUGGAUUUAGUUACUAACACUAACCUUUGCUCUAUUUGUGCUAAGAUUGAAUCUGAUUUGCAGGAUAAUAACAUUCAUACAGGUGAAGUUGUUGUCAAUGAGGCAGUCUGUACGGUUAAAGUUCUUGACAUUCCGGCUGCCCCAACCAAACACUCCCAUGAUAAAGAAAAGACUACGCACUUCCAUGAUAAGAUGAUUUCCAAAAAGAAAUUUUCUGUUGGCCAAAAAGUCUUGCUGUUUAAGUCUCGCCUGAAAGAUAUGGUUGGUAAGUUUCGAUCCAAGUGGAUUGGCCCCUUUGUCGUGACUAAUGUUUUUCCUUCUGGUGCUAUAGAAAUUAAAAGUACAGGUACUGGCAAGGAAAAGAAUGACAGCUUAGCAUCUAGAAUGGUAGUUUCAGAGAGGGAUCUUGACAUUACUUUGGUUGAUGUUGCGUUAAAAACACACCUAGAGCAAGUGUACUCUAGCGCAGAAGUAGUAUAA